UGCCAAAGUACCUGCUUUCCACCACUUUCCUCGUUUAACUUCCUCUUGGGGUCAGCUGGUCGUCAGCAUGCCUUCUACCGAGAACACCUCAAAACUUUUCCUGGUCCUCAUUUCAUUGCUGCUGGUGCUGCCAGUAGUUGAAGCCCUGGAUGCAGGAGAUACCAUCGCCUUCCUACUAGGCCUCGCUGUCACCGUCGUCGGAUUCUGUGCCUGCCUUGGCUUGUACGCAAGGAGAAGGAAUGGGCAGCAAUGAUUUGAAGAAGAUGCUCAGAUGAAUUUCCAAAUGCGGCUUGGGGUUGAGAUCUGGGGUGUAAAACUGAGCUUCGGUUCUUGAUAAAUUUCAAAAACCAUGUAGAAGAUAUUUCUGCAAACACCUUUUACUGUGCAAUACAACAGAACAAGACUGUACCCAGUACAAGGGAUUUGUAGGAUCUGUCCUUGUGAAAGUAAGAUGAUUUUGUAUUGCUUGUGAUUAAAUACUGCCUUAGAGAAGGGUAAGAACUUUUUGAAUCGGGAAGGGAAACCAUAGAGUGGUUCACAGUAAAUGUUUAUAAAGGCAACAUGUGAGGAAGACCAUCAACAAGUUCCACAAUUUUGGUUUUAAGAGUUAAUCAUGAGAAAGCAGCUAUUAAUCUUCCAGUUAGGAUGACAGAGCUUUGGAAGUACUCCUAACUAGAUAGCUAGCGAGCAGACUGCUUUGACUUGCGUGCAUGUGCUCAUGUUCUUUGUAAUGACAGUUAACACCUAACAGCUCACUUCUGCUGUCAGAGGGAUGAGACUUCAGACAACUGAGAAAGCAAGGACAACUUUUUUUUCUUACGUAUUUUUAUUUUAGAAUGUGCCUCUCCUGUAGCCUGUGUUCUUGUUACCAAGUAGGUACACUUAGGGAUGGGACCACUAUUUUCUUUAACAUAUAUUUCACAGAAAAGUACAUGUAAGGCUACAUAAAUCAUAUUAGGAGUAUGUUUUUUGUCUCUUGGGUUUUUUUUUUUUUGUACUCAGCUUUCCUUUAGGCACACCAGGUUUAAGGCUUAUUUCAUUUGGUGUUCCUAUUUUUUUCCCCCAAACUGAAGACUUACCUGUUUUAAUGAGGAAUUAGGUGUAGUAUUUCUGCAUUAGGGGGUUAUUAGAAUUAUAACAAGACAGUUGUGCACACGUUUGUUUUGCAAUAUGGAAAUAAUACAUUUUGUUAAAAUCCUGGUUUUAGUCAACAGGUCCACUGUUGUCAAGUGUCUUCCUCAUGACAAACUUACGUCGCUAGCUAAACCUUUUGGCUUCUUACCUAACAUAUGCAUAUGAGUUCCACAGAAGAUUAGGACCAAAACCAAAGUAAAAAAUCCUGAUGCAAAGUGGGAGAUGUAAAUAGUCUUACGCUAUUCGUGCUCAGUCGGAUUGUAUGGUAUAUGGUUGAAAGACUCGACUCAGUAGCAUAUCUAGGACCUGUUUCUUUGAGUACGAAAGGUGAACUGGCACAGCCAAGAAUGUCUACGACAAGUCCCCUCUGGCUUGUUAGGGUGUUCUAGGUGUCUGCUUGAGACAAGGAGCACAAUCUGUAACAGCAGCAGAAUAAGGAGCAUAAGAAGGUGAGCUCUCCACAGUUCACAGAAUUUCCUUCUGAUCUCAUGCCGUGGACACUGCCACUCUUGCUAGAAAUCUUGGCUUUUAUCUUUCAGAGCUGGAGAAAAAGGUUAAAUGUGAUGCAGAGCUAUAUAUUUUGAUACUGUUCCCUUCCUCUGUAAGCGUCUCUGUUGAGUAGAGCACAAAGCAAUAGCUGGAAGAGUUGUCAGGCAGGUCUUGUCUUAUAAAUAAUUGGGUGGGCAGGUCAUGUUUUCCAAAUUCUAAGAUUUCUGUAUGCCAUUUGUGGCUGCUUUGACUUCUCUCUCCAACCUCUGAGGAGGCAGAAGCCCGGGUUAUUUCAGUCUUGCAGUUUAUGUCCCUUUCUCGUGGUUGGUAGAAGGAAGUAGGUAAAACAAAAGCUUGAAAAAUUGCGUGGGGUUGAAAUUAUAGGACUCAACCCAGCAAGCUACAAGAAUGCAGGUUUCUGCUCUCAAGUUACAGGAAUAAUAAUGGUCACAAAGUUACUCUGAUGAGAUGCAAGUCUUGCCAGGUAGCUGUUCUUGAACCCUUUCUGUGGCUUCCAAAAGUUAGAAAGGGACACGGUGCACAAUUACUAUGUACAAAUGAAAUUUACAGCACUAAGAGGAGCUUCAGACAGUAGUGUCACCUUUGAAAGUGCCUAGCAGCAGUAGACGAUCCUGUAUGUGGUUAUUCAGCUUGGUGGAUGCAAGCACACAUCAAGCGUGAUCUUCCAUGUUACAGCUUGGCUAUAAACCAUUACCC